AUGGCGGCUGCCCGCAGAGGUAGAUGGGCCCAGCGGUGGCCUGCAGAGGUAGUCGGUCUAGAGAAAAAGGAUGUUUCAAAAGAGAAGAAGUCUUGUGGCAAUGCCUCAGUGGUCCAGGUAACUACCAGAACUCGGAAAUCUGCGACAGAGACUAAGGCAGCAGAAAUGAAACACAUAGAUGUACAUACAGGAAAUAAUAAAGAAAAAGUCAGUAAAGCCAAGCAGAACAAAAGAAAGGUGGAUGCUGAAGCCCAUCUGUCAGAUGAGCCUGUGAAAGAGGAACCAGUUACAAAAAAAAAAAAGAUGGAAAGCAAAUCCAAAAAUAGUACCGAGGUGCCAAAGGAUGACAGCAAGAUGGAGGAGACUAAGGGGGACAAUAAAAAGCAAAAUACUUCCAUUAAAAAAGGUGCAAAGAAGAAACCUCAAAAAGGUAGGUCAAGUGAGAAGGGCAGCAGACUUGCUCAGGAGACGCAGAAGGAGAUAGCUCUGGCAGAGCCUCCUUCCAUGGAGCUGGCUCAGGAGGAGGUCUCUUCCGGUCCUGAACUCACUCAGGUGGUGGUCACCCCUACAGGCUCUACUCAGCCCGGGCUUCCUUCUCCCAUGGAUAUUGCUCAGACUGGGCCUGCUCAGAUGGAGCUGCCUUCUCCCCUGGAGCCUCCUCAGAUGGAGCUGCCUCCUCCCCUGGAGCCUCCUCAGAUGGAGCUGCCUCCUCCCCUGGAGCCUGCUCAGAGGGAGCUGCCUUCUCCCCUGGAGCUUCCUCAGAGUGAUCCGCCUCCUCCCACAGAGCCUCCAGGGAUGGAGCAGCCUCGUCCCAUGGAGCUUACUCAGAUGGAACAGCCUCCUCCCAUGGAGCCUGAUCAGAUGGAGCCUCCUCCUCCCAUGGAGCCUGCUCAGAGGGAGCCGCCUCCUCCCAUGGAGCCUGAUCAGAUGGAGCUGCCUCCUCCCAUGGAGUCUCAUUGGGGACAUUGUCAGAAGAGGCAGCUUUGUCCUUUGGACCAUGCUCAGGUGGAGGUUGCUCAGACAGCGCCUCCUCACAUGGGAUCUGUUCAGAAAGAGCCUCCUGCUGUCAUGGAGCCACCUCUUCAAGUGAAACCAGUCACCAAAAGGUCUUCUCCCCGAAAAGAAAGUACCAAGGAGAAGUCGGGCAUUUGGAGUGAGGUGGUGCGACAGGCGCAAGUCCUUAUUGAAGUUGGCUUGGUGCCUGUUAGAGAUAACCAGCUUCUGAAGGGAAGCAAUCUUCCAAAGGGAAACUCAAGAAGAGACGAGACACGUAAGGACCAAGAAAUUGGCUCUGAUGGGGAAGGAAAUAAAAUGGCCCCUCUCAAGAAAGUGGGAACAGAGGAAGCUGGCAAGAGUCUAGCUAUGCUUGCUGCUCCCAAGGAAUCUGCCAGUGUCUUAUCCUCGGAACAAAACUCAAAUGGGUCAGGUGGUGAAAUGUUACAUGCUAAGUGUCAGACUGGUUCAGCUGGGAUUUGUGAAAUGGAAGUAGACACUGAGCAGACCAGUGUCCCUGUGAAAGCCUCAGUACCCGAACCGGCAUCACCAUUGCCUCCUGUCCCAUCACCAACCAUAACGGCCUUGCCUCCUAUCACUUUGGCUGAAAACGAGUCACCAGACAUUGAUGAAGAUGAAGGCAUCCACAGCCAUGAUGGAAGUGACCUGAGUGAUAAUAUGUCUGAGGGAAGUGAUGAUUCUGAGCUGCAUAGGGCUCGGCCAGUGCCACAAGAAGCAAGUUCAAAAAGUGGGAAGGAGGGGUUGGCAGUGAAAAUAACUGAGGGAGAGUUUGUUUGUAUUUUCUGUGAUCGGUCUUUCAGAAAGGAAAAGGAUUACAGCAAACACCUCAAGCGCCAACUGGUUAAUGUAUACUUCCUUGAAAAAGCAGCCGAGAGGUGGGAGUAG